AUGAUCGAACAACUUGAGAUGCAGCGGUGUGCGUUGCUGGAGCUGGUCAACGUCCGCGCGGUGAAGGAGGCGGAUUUCGCCUCACGGGCUAUAAAAGAGGCUACAAUUCCGCCCGAAUCACAAGACUGCAACUCAACCCUGCUCCUGGACGAGGCAACUGCUGCGCUGGAUUCCCGGUCAGAAACAAUGGUACAGGAAGCGUUGAAUAAAGCUUCGGAGAAGAGAACCACGAUCGCCGUCGCGCAUCGGCUGAGCACGAUCCAGCAUGCGGACGUAAUCUGCGUUUUAGAGGCGGGAAGAUUAGUUGAGAUUGGCAAUCACCGAGAGUUGAUGAAGAAGGGAGGUGUAUAUGCUGGGUUGGUGGAGAUGCAGAAUAGAGGGACUACCCCACAGCUAGCUCUAUAG